AAAUUAAAAGCACGAGAGUCUAGAUCCUAACGAACACGACAACUCCACGCUUUGAAAUAAUGAUAAUUUCUUGUUCACAGCAAUGAAAAAGUAGAACUUGUAUACAAUUAUCACAGUAGUGGAGCGAUUUACCCUAUUUUAUGAUCACAUAGGCCUACUCGGCAAAGAACUAAAUGCAACAUUUUUAAUGUCACGGAUACGUAGUAGCAAAAUCGCCACAACCGUGAUUAGGGCCGCUCAUCGGGAUUCUGAGCAAUAACGCCAUUGAAAAUUAGGUGAUUUUAUUGAUCCUGUUGCGCCACCUCGAGGUGUCCUGAAAACACAUAGCUUGGUUUUAGUGAAGUUAGUUAAAACCUGGUCGUAAACAGUAAUCAAACCUUUUAAUCUCGCCGUGAGCCCUACGUACUGACUGGUAUAUCUGUAGACUACAUUUGACUGGUGAUAACUUCUAAUCAUAAGAAGGUGUCUAAUCAUCAUGUGGUCUAUUACUGCUUAUUAUAUCACCAGAGUUCAGGCCUCAAAUGACUUUGUGGGUCAUGCUGCGUGAAACAUUAUCAGAACUUUAGACGCUUCAUCAUACCAUUUGAUGUGUUCAGAAUCUCAGAAAUACCAUUUAAGUUUAUCUGUUCAGUGUCACACUUCCUGAUAUCCUCAGUACAGGUUUCCUGGAUCAAUUUCUUAAAUACUGACCAUUUUGAAGAAUUUGCUGAAUCUCUGCAGUGCUGGUAUAAAGAUAAUAGGGUCAGACUUGAUUCAUUGGUGAAGAAUGGCUGUUUAAAAUCCACAGUUAUGCUGAUGUUUAUCUUAAAGUGCCAUAGUGACCUCAACAUCCCAAUCACCAAACUUAACCCAAAGUUUUGAUUUGAUAAAUAUGAGUCCCAUUUUUUGAUGGAUGGGUCAGUUUCAACCCACAAAUGUUAUGGUUAUGAAUGUAUAGGUCAAAUUGAUCUGAAAUAAAUAAUUUCACAAAUGUAGAUGCAAUAUAUGCAAUAUGUGUCAUUUUUCUAUUAUUGUAUCUGGUCUGUGCAUGCGGUGCAUAAUUCUGGGGGGUAAAGGGAAAAUAUUCAAACACGGCAUAGUCACUGGGCAUGCCAUCCAUGAAACCACCACACUCAGUCACUCACUCACUAAAGCCACUUAUCCUAAUUAGGGUCAUGGGAGGUGCUGGAGCCUAUCCCAGCGGUCAUCAGGUGAAAGUUGGGGAAACACCCUGGACAGGUCACCAGGGCAGACUGACUUACAGUGGUAGGAAACCAGAGCUCCUGGAGGAAGCCCACACAAACACAGGGAGAGCAUGCAAAUUCCACACAGAGAGGACCCUGACCACUCAGCCGGGAAUCGAACCAGGACCUUCUUGCUGUGGUACUCACUGCACCACCGCACCACCCAGAUCACAACAGUCAAGCCCAAAGAAACAAUAUGUGAUACUGAUUCUCUAUGAUGAAAUUUUUCCUAUGAACAGUGCGAAGCUACAACCCAGAGAACUGUCUUUCCCUGGUUUCCAGCUUUUGAAGGACUCAACUUUCAUCUCUUCUCAGCGAUCAUGGCUAAUGAACUCCUCUGCCCACUUUGGAUAUCAGCUGAACAAAUUGCAGGCAAUUGACACCAUGCCUGUUAGGCAUCACAACACCAACCUGGCUGCAGAUGAACAUGGAAGCAGUAUCCUUUUUCAGGGAUUAUGUAAGGCACAGAGGCAAGGUCUGUCUGAAGCCUGCAUUAAGGCUGCUGAAUAAUGAUAAUGAGCCCGCUACUACCAGUUAAGCUGGCAAGUCAUUUAAGUGGCAUGAAGUUUCUCUUGGAGCCAGUGUCUAUAUCCAGUGAUCUGAGGCAACAGUGGGCAUUACCCAAAGUUACCUAU